AAGAGCUGGGUCCUCUUGCUAAGCUACGGAGACUUGCACUAAGAAAGCUAGAGAAUGUACCCGUUACCUCCUUGGCUAGAGAGGCUAGGCUUGGUGAGAAGUUGCAUCUUCGCUACUUGAGAUUAGAGUGUAGCAGUAGACUUGGUGAAGAUGGGUUAGUAGAAGAUGAGAAAGGUGUCUCUGAGGAAGAACAGCGGCGAAUCGAGGAGGUGUUGGAUGAGCUUACCCCACCCUUGUGCCUAGAAAAUAUUGAUAUCACAGGCUAUUUUGGACAGCGGCUACCAAGGUGGAUGAUGUCAGGAGCAGCAGGUGCAUAUAUGAGGUUGUUGAUUGUGACGAUGGAUGACCUGGUCUGCUGCACCCAGCUCCCUGACGGCCUCUGCCAGCUCCCAUGCCUCAACUUCUUUCAGGUCACCCGUGCCCCUGCAAUCAAGCAUGUUAGCCCUAAAUUUGUUACUAUGCAGCCAUCAUCGAGCCAAUUCCGCCAUGCCCAUGCAUUCCCAAAGUUGAAGGAGAUGAGGCUGAUCGACAUGGUGGAGUUUGAGGAGUGGGAGUGGGAUCAUCAACUGAAUAAUGUCCCGGCCAUGCCUGAAUUGGAGGAGCUUAUGCUCGAAAACUGCAAGCUGAGAUGCCUUCCUCCUGGCCUUUCCUCACAAGCGACGGCUUUGACAAGCAUGGGUCUAUGUGACAUCAAAUAUCUCAACUUUGUAGAGAGCUUUGCUUCUCUUGUCAAGCUUGAGCUGCAAGAUAACCCUGACCUAGAGAGGGUCACUUCAAUGCCUAGGUUGCAGAAGCUCAUCAUCAUAGGCUGCCCGAAGAUGAGGACAUUGGAGGGUGUGCCUGAGCUACGGAAGCUAGCGCUGGAGGAUUGCGACAUGGAACAACUCCCGAGAUACCUACAGCAAGGUGUGAGUCCUAUGCAUCUGGUGUUGGACUGCAGCUUAGAGCUGCUCACAUCCAUAGCCCUUGGAGAAUCUGGUCCUGAGUGGGGCAAGUUGAGCCAUGUCCAGCAUGUCAAGGCCUAUGCUGACCAAGGAGACGAUAAAAGGAAGUGGCAUGUGUUAUACACAAGAGAACCCUACAGUUUCGAGACAAAUAUCGGUGACAGCCCUUCUUCCAAUUCUGGAGCUUCAGAGGAUGAGUAGGAGACAAAUACUUCGACGGCUCAAGGCACCCAAGGGGUAACUGGCAGCCAUCCACUGUCGAAGACAUUGCUAAAGACAGCAGUCAGUACAUACUAUAAAUUGUUGCGGUCCACUACUGUCAGCAAAUCUCCUAGUCUAACAUUCAUUAUUUAUAUAAUGCCUAGUCUAACAUUCAUAAGGAAAACUAUGCAGCUCUGUACAUGAGAUGGGACUGUGAGUUUGUGAUUUGUAUUUUUGAUUUGUUAAGCUUACUUAUAUAGCUACAUAUUCUACUAGCUCCUGCAAUGCACUGAAAGAAACAAAUAUAUUACUAUUUGAGCCAACAUUGUUUGAUUUGAGGACUGCAGUGACUUAACACAAUGUUAAUUUUGUACUUAG